UGACUCCCCGCUGUCCCCGCGCUUCCUGUUCCCAACCACGUGGGCGCGCCGGGAUCCGCGGGCACCCGCACCGGUAGCGGCGCGGCGCGGCAUGGCGGGCGGCGGCGGCGGUUCCUCGCAGUGCCUCAGCUACGCGGGCUGCAACUUCCUGCGGCAGCGUCUGGUGCUCGCCACGCUCAGCGGGCGGCCGCUGAAGAUCCGCAAGAUCCGCGCCCGGGAGGAGGACCCCGGGCUCCGCGACUUUGAAGCAAGUUUUAUUCGCCUCAUUGACAAAGUGACCAAUGGCUCUAGGAUUGAGAUAAACCAAACAGGUACUACCUUAUAUUAUCAGCCUGGUCUUCUAUAUGGGGGCUCAUUGGAACAUGACUGCAGCCCCAGUCGCAGUAUUGGCUACUACCUGGAAAGUUUGCUCUGCUUGGCACCUUUCAUGAAACAUCCACUGAAGAUUGUCUUGAGGGGAGUAACAAAUGAUCAAGUAGAUCCUUCGGUUGAUAACCUUAAGGCCACAGCUCUACCCCUACUGAAAAAAUUUGGAAUUGAUGGUGAAGGUCUGGAAAUCAAGAUCAACCGGAGAGGAAUGCCUCCCAAAGGGGGUGGAGAGAUACUGUUUGCUUGCCCAGUGAGAAAGGUCUUGCAGCCUAUUCAGUUCACAGACCCAGGCAAAAUCAAGCGCAUUAGAGGAACUGCAUACUCUGUCAGAGUGUCACCACAGAUGGCAAACAGAAUGGUGGAAUCUGCAAGAGGCAUCCUGAAUAAGUUUCUCCCAGACAUUUAUAUCUACACAGAUCAUAUGAAGGGGGUCAGCUCUGGAAAAUCUCCAGGAUUUGGCAUGUGCCUUAUUGCAGAAACCAUCAACGGCACUAUUCUCAGUGCUGAGCUAGCCUCAAACCCUCAGGGCCAAGGAGCAGCUGUGCUUCCUGAGGAACUUGGCCAGAAUUGUGCUAAGCUGUUGCUUGAGGAGAUCUAUAGGGGAGGCUGUGUAGAUUCAACAAACCAGAGCCUUGUUCUGCUGCUCAUGACCCUUGGACAACAGGAUGUUUCCAAAGUCUUGUUAGGACCUCUGUCUCCAUACACAAUUGAAUUUCUGCGACACCUGAGAAGCUUCUUCCAGAUCAUGUUUAAAAUUGAAACGAAGUCCCCUGAAGAAGAACACAAGGGUGGGGAAAAAGUCUUAAUGACGUGUGUCGGCAUUGGAUUUUCCAACCUUAGCAAAACAAUAAGAUAAGAAACAUUUACAGAUUAUGAAAUGGGGUGCCAGAAAAGACUGCAAAGAUGUGAUGAAAAAACAUCUUCCCCUGUGCUUAUUCUGGCACAAGGAAAACCAGUGCAGAGGUACUCAAGCUUGCUGCAUGGAAACAAUAAAGCUGACUUUAGGCUGUUUAGACCUGUCCUCUUCGCAAAUGUAAUGCCACUAUUCUGUAUUGCAUGGAAUGGCUGGCUGGAGUCUCAGCUGGCUUGGGGCUCUUUGCACUGUACUCCACUACAGGGGACAGACGUGCCCCUUUUGUCCCCAUGCCCUUUAUUCUUGCAUCCUCAAGCCUUAAAUGCAGUAGGUGCUCUAGUUACAUCUAUCUACAAACUUCACUCUUAGCUUUUUCUGAAUGGUUUAGAUAGAAAGGGGAAAAAAGAUUGACCAAAAUGAGAUUUGCCCUACAAAAUAGAUGGUCACAAGAGAUACAUUCUUGAGCUAUCUGUGGAAUUAAUAUUGGCAUGAAAGUAAAAGUACAAGCUGGAAGUAUUAUUUUUGGAGCAACAUACAUUGUGUAUAGAAUUUGUCAAAUGCUUCACUCCCACUUAAGUUGACUAAAUUAAUUUUGCAGGAGGGGAAAAAAUGCCUUCUAAUUUUCUUUAAUGCUAGAAUACUGAAGAAGAGAUCACAGUCUAUACUGAUUUAUAUUAUCCUUCUCUGCAAAGAUGGCAUGGGAGGAGAAACCUUGACAGUUUCUGAAUUAUCGAACAUUCUUUUCAUGUUUGGCAUGUGACACACUGUAGUUCACAAUUAGUUUUGAAAGGUAACAAAAAAGCUGUGCAGGGUUUCAUGAAGAAAAAUAUAUUCAUUUAGUGCCAUCAAGUUAUGUGCAUCUUCUCCAUUUUGAAAGAGAAGUUACAGUCGAUGAGCAUUGUUUGGGCCGACUGGUGCUAAAAGUUCCUAUCAUGAUAAAAAUACUUACAUGAGAAAGAGUUUUGGUAGGUUCCAUGUAAACCUGUUGAGCUUAGUGCUGAACUCCUGACACAAGGAAAGAUAUUUAUACUUGACUUCAGACUACACUCAAUGUGUUUGGAGUAAAAUAAAACCAUGUCAAAAGCUGGUAUAUUUAUAGAGCAAGUACUAGUGACUGUGUUGUAAUGGUCUUACAAACUUUAUCUGAUGCCACUGUAAAGUGGGCAUUACCUCUGUAAUAUGAAAAAUGUAUAUUGGACUGAACAGAACUUUGACAAAACAUUAGAUAUUUGAUUAGUGCUUUAUGAACUAUUGGAGGCCAUGAGUCAUUUUUUUUACUGUACUUUGUUCUUGUUACAUCUGCCUAAACAUGUUUUGGAAAAAAAAUAAAGUAUUUUGUCCUAAAAAA